GGCGGGUGUGCUGAGGGGGGGCGCACCGGCAGCAGGUGGGCGGGGUGCGGGCCGGCGGCGGCGACCGGCUGGGAGCUGCCAGGCUGCGCUCGCGUUGAGCGCGGCCGGCCAUACGUCGCGCCAUGGACUUCAACAUGAAGAAGCUGGCGUCGGACGCGGGCAUCUUCUUCACCCGGGCGGUGCAGUUCACAGAGGAGAAAUUCGGCCAGGCUGAGAAGACUGAGCUGGAUGCACACUUUGAAAACCUUCUGGCCCGGGCAGACAGCACCAAGAACUGGACAGAGAAAAUCCUACGGCAGACAGAGGUGCUGCUGCAGCCCAACCCUAGUGCCCGAGUGGAGGAGUUCCUGUAUGAGAAGCUGGACAGGAAAGUGCCCUCCAGGGUCACCAACGGGGAGCUACUGGCGCAGUACAUGGCAGAGGCAGCCAGUGAGCUGGGGCCCACCACUCCCUAUGGGAAGACACUAAUCAAGGUGGCAGAAGCUGAAAAGCGCCUGGGAGCUGCAGAGAGGGACUUUAUCCACACAGCCUCCAUCAACUUCCUGACACCUCUGCGCAACUUCCUGGAAGGGGACUGGAAGACCAUUUCGAAGGAAAGACGUCUCCUCCAAAACCGACGUCUAGACUUGGAUGCCUGCAAAGCACGGCUGAAGAAGGCUAAGGCCGCAGAAGCCAAAGCCACGUGUGAGGGAGAUACGGUGCCUGACUUUCAGGAGACUAGACCGCGUAAUUACAUUCUCUCGGCCAGCGCCUCCGCGACUCUGGAUGACACUUCCUGCCCCCCUUCUUGGGCCGAGUGGAAGGAGGAAUAUCCUGGAGGGUGGAGACUGCCCUGUUUUUUUCUUUUGCCAUUGAACCCCAGUGUGACUCGGGCACGAGGCUGCCUUUCUCUGCCGAAGGACAGAAAGCUCUGGAAUGAUGAGGUGGACAAGGCCGAGCAGGAGCUCCGGGUGGCCCAGACGGAGUUUGACCGGCAGGCAGAAGUGACCAGACUCCUGCUGGAGGGGAUCAGCAGCACCCACGUGAACCACCUCCGCUGCCUCCAUGAGUUCGUGGAAUCCCAGACUACAUACUACGCGCAGUGCUACCGCCACAUGCUGGACUUACAGAAACAGCUGGGCAGCUCCCAGGGAGCCAUAUUCCCAGGCACCUUCGUGGGUACCACAGAACCUGUGUCCCCGCCCCUGAGCAGCACCUCACCCACCACCGCCGUGGCCACUAUGCCUGUGGGCCCCUCUGUGGCUGGGCUGGCCCCACCGGGAGAGGCCGCCCUCCGCCUAGAGGUGACCCCACCCGCCAGCGGGACCCGGAAGGCCCGGGUGCUCUACGACUACGAGGCAGCCGACAGCAGUGAGCUGGCCCUGCUGGCAGAUGAGCUCAUCACCGUCUACAGCCUGCCUGGCAUGGACCCGGACUGGCUUAUCGGCGAGAGAGGCAACAAGAAGGGCAAGGUCCCGGUCACCUACUUGGAGCUGCUUAGCUGAGCCAGCCCCUCCCAGGCCCCUGCCCACUCUGGCCUGGGCUGGAGGAUGGGACCAGCCGUGCCACUUGUCCACGGGUGACUCAGCUGCUUGGGGUGGGGACACUGGCCCCAUCCUGUCCGUGCCCCCGGCCAUUCAGCCCCGCUUCUGGAGCCCCUUGCCCUACCUGCCUCCCCUGAGCACCCUGGCUCCCCCGCCCUCCCAGCUCCAGCUAAGGAGGGAGGGCCUGGCUGCAGUGCUGGCCUCCACACUGCACCAUGGCCCCUGCAGGAAGCCGGGGUACACCUCUGGCAAGAGAGCACCUGCCUUUUGGUUGCCAAGAGCAGCAAGGUAGGGGAGGCAGACCAGUGUGGCAGGCCCGGGCCAGGUGCCGGCCCCUCUGGAUGGACCAGAGCGGAGGGGCGACUGGCCGGAGCAGCGUCUCCCAGGGCUGCCCUCCCCUCCCGUGCGCACGUGGACAGCUCCUGCCGGGCUCCAUGGCUGCAGCCUGCACCUCUCCACCCUCUUUUUAACUUUAACUGAUCUUUUUACUCUGCCUGUCUGCUUGCUCUCUGGCCAGUGACAAAUAAUAAAUCCUCCUUCCUGUGCA